AUGGAGGCGGGCCCGGGCGCCGCCGAGGGAAACGGACCCACGGCCGUGAUCCUGCCGCCCGGACCCGCUCGCGCCCGUGGGGAGUACGGGGUGCUUUGCAUUCAAGAAUACAGGAAAAGCAGCAAAGUGGAGUCAAGUGCACGGAAUAGCUUCAUGGGCUUGAAGGACCACCUGGAGCAUGACCUUGGCCACCUAUACAUGGAGGGCUCUGACCUACAGAUAAGUGCAGCUGUGCCUUGGCCUAUGGGAGAGAAACCAACAAUGGCUGCAGUCAGUGUGGGGAAGGAAGCGAAAGAGGUGUCUGAAGAGAACGUGAGCUCUGGUGACUCGGAAGAAAGCACAAAUUCUGAGCAUGAGUCAGAACAACUGUGUCGCCUCUCAGUAGAGCCGUGCGUAUUCCCCAAGACCCACAGGCAGCUAUGUCGGUCUCCCUGCUUAGACCCUCACCCGCUCAAACACAGUGACAUUUUGCAAGACUUUAAACCAGAAGAGUCCCAGACUACAUCCAAGGAAGUAAAGAAACCUCCUGAUGUGGUUCGAGAAUACCAAACAAAGCUGGAGUUUGCCCUUAAGUUAGGUUAUUCUGAAGAACAGGUCCAGCUUGUGCUAAACAAACUUGGUACUGAUGCUUUAAUCAAUGAUAUAUUGGGAGAACUUGUCAAACUUGGAAAUAAAAGUGAGGCUGAUCAAACAGUUAGUACUGUUAGCAGUGUAAUGCGGGAAACAUCAUCCCUGGAAGCUCAGAGGUCUGAGUCUCCAAUGCAAGAGAUUGUAACAGAUGAUGGUGAAAAUCUGAGACCAGUAGUGAUUGAUGGCAGCAAUGUGGCAAUGAGCCAUGGAAACAAAGAAGUAUUCUCCUGCCGAGGAAUAAAAUUGGCAGUGGAUUGGUUUUUGGAAAGAGGCCACAAAGACAUUACAGUUUUUGUUCCUGCUUGGAGAAAAGAGCAAUCCCGACCUGAUGCCCUUAUCACAGAUCAGGAAAUUUUACGGAAACUAGAAAAGGAGAAAAUCCUGGUAUUCACGCCGUCUCGGCGCGUCCAGGGCAGGCGAGUAGUGUGCUAUGACGACAGGUUCAUUGUGAAGCUGGCUUUUGAGUCUGACGGCAUAAUCGUGUCCAAUGAUAACUACAGAGAUUUGGCAAAUGAAAAACCGGAAUGGAAGAAGUUCAUAGAUGAACGGUUAUUGAUGUAUUCCUUUGUCAAUGACAAGUUCAUGCCCCCUGAUGACCCUCUGGGCAGACAUGGCCCAAGUCUGGAUAACUUUCUGAGGAAGAAACCCAUUGUCCCUGAGCACAAAAAGCAACCUUGUCCAUAUGGAAAGAAGUGUACCUACGGACAUAAGUGCAAAUAUUACCACCCAGAAAGGGGCAGCCAGCCUCAGCGCUCAGUUGCGGAUGAACUUCGUGCCAUGUCUAGAAACACAGCAGCCAAAGCUACAAAUGAAGGAGGACUGGUGAAAAGCAACAGUGUCCCUUGUAGCUCCAAGGCUGAUAGCACUUCGGACGUCAAACGAGGUGCUCCAAAGAGGCAGUCAGACCCAAGCAUAAGGACUCAUGCCUACCAAGACAUAGAGGAAAAGCUUCCCACCAAAAACAAAUUGGAAACCAGGUCUGUACCUUCCUUAGUUAGUAUCCCGGCCACUCCUACUGCAAAACCCCAAAGCACUCCAUCUUUAAGCAAUGGCCUUCCAUCUGGAGUUCAUUUCCCACCUCAGGAUCAAAGACCACAGGGACAGUACCCUCCAGUGAUGAUGGCAACCAAAAAUCAUGGAACGCCAAUGCCUUAUGAACAGUAUCCAAAAUGUGAGUCCCCUGUUGACGUUGGGUAUUACUCCAUGUUGAAUGCAUAUUCAAAUCUGAGUAUCUCAGGCCCCCGAAGUCCUGAAAGGCGUUUCUCGUUAGACACUGAUUACAGAGUCAGUUCUGUAGCUUCAGACUGCAGCAGUGAAGGGAGCAUGAGCUGUGGGAGCAGCGACUCCUACGUGGGGUACAGUGACCGGUCCUAUGUCAGCUCUCCUGACCCGCAGCUGGAAGAGAAUCUGAAGUGUCAACACAUGCACCCUCACAGCCGCCUUAAUUCCCAGCCCUUCCUGCACAAUUUACACGAGCCCCUAAGCAGAGUUCAGAGCUACAGUCAUGAAGAACCAAAGUACCAUCACAAGCGUCCUCUUCCACACUUGGCUGUGCAUCUGCAGCACCCCGCUGUGGGUGCGCGGUCCAGCUGUCCUGGCGACUACCCCUCUCCACCAAGUUCAGCACACUCUAAGGCGCCACACCUAGGAAGGUCCUUAGUGGCCACGAGAAUAGACAGCAUUUCUGAUUCUCGGCUCUAUGAUAGCUCUCCUUCAAGACAAAGAAAGCCUUACUCUCGCCAGGAAGGCCUAGGAAGCUGGGAUAGGCCAAGCUACGGGAUGGAUACAUACGGCUAUCGGCAGACUUACUCCUUACCCGAUAAUUCCACACCCCCCUGCUAUGAGUCGAUCACCUUCCAGAGCCUGCCUGAGCAGCAGGAGCCCACCUGGCGAAUCCCGUACUGUGCAAUGCCACAAGAUCCUCCAAGGUAUCAGGACAACCGAGAAAAGAUUUAUAUCAAUCUGUGCAACAUCUUCCCCCCUGACCUGGUGAGGCUCGUCAUGAAAAGGAAUCCUCACAUGACAGACGCCCAGCAGCUCGCAGCAGCCAUCUUAGUGGAGAAGUCACAGCUGGGCUAUUGAAAAGAUGAUGCAUCUUUGUGGUGUUGAGUAGUUUUUUGUUCAGCUCAGAUGCUGAGGGAGGUUUGCUACAAUAGCACAUGUGAUCUCCUUCUCAGCGGGGAGGUUAUAUAGUAUCCAUUUAUGUGAAAUACUGUAUCAUGGAAUCUGUAUGGAACCCCACUUGGUGGACGUAUCACGGGAUUGCUUUACAUUCAAACUUUUUUUUUUUUUUUUAACAUUUCCUUUUUAAAGCUAUACACUUGGCUGGAGAUUUCUCCAGUUUGAUUUAAUAGAUGUGUCUGUGAUCUUUGAUAUUCCUCUUUGGUGCAUCAGGGUUUAUAUGCAGCACUUUCUAUCCUUGUUUCCUGUCUUAUUAACUUGGUGUUUGUCUGUCAACUGCAAGCAAUUGCAGUACCUUCAGAAUGUGGAGGUACUGGACUAAACCUAGCAAACUAUUUCCUCAAGCCAAGCUUAACUAGAAUCCUUUACAGCUUUUUAAGUUAUUUUUAUUUGGGGAAAGUGGGCUUCUUUGUGCUAUAAUCAUUAUUUAUAGAAACAAAGAUAUACUACAGCACUGACUUUAUAUUUUAAACAAAAAGUAAGUUAACAGUUACAUUAAAUUGGGUAAUAGUAUAUGUUAGAAUGAUUUCCAGUGUGGCACUUUUGAUUAUUUUAUUUUUGUUUGGAUAUUUCCUGUUAAGAAAAUUAGUUAUUUUAAAUGGUCAGUUUAAAAGAAAGCAGAUACAAUCAAUGGAAAAAAAAUGUUUCCAUUUUCUUUUUAUGAAUAAGGCAAAAGCCGUAACUAUUACAAGUUAAAGCUUUGUUUUCCAGCUAAAAUGUGCUUUUUGACAGUAGAAAUGGGAUUGAAAUCCUAGAUUUCCAUUAACAUGUAUUUUUAAUGUCUGUCUUUUUGUGGGAGGCACAAUACUGGAUGAAUAACCCUUUCACAGUACUUGCCUAUUUUUAAUGAAUCUAGGUAUUCUCAAUGCAACUUUUAUAUUUAAUACACUCUAGCUUUCCUGCUAUUUAUUGAGGCUGGCCUGAGGUGGUCUGAUGUGUUGAGGAUAUGCAACAUUUAUUGGUACUGCACUAUAGAAAUGGCAACAGGACUUGUAAAUGGUAACUUAAUUUUUUUGUAAGAUAUUGUAUAUUUUCCAUUUUCCUGAAGGUAGUUUUUUUGGGGGCCUGUUAUAUUAUUAAGGCCAGACUCUUGCCACAAAUAGUGUAGUUUUAGAUACAGACUAAAGUCUGUUCUAGUAUUAGUAAGGGAUAUUUCUGGUUGUGAAGUCAUGGGUUUUGCUUGCUGUAGUGACCUUUCUGAGGAUUGGGAGAUGGAUUUAUGAUCAGUGCAGACAGGGCUGUGAUAGACAGAAGUUGUCUCUGGUUUUACUUGUUGUAAAGGACAAGUCUAGCUCUGAUCCUGUGGUGAGCCUGGAUGCCCUGGUCUAGGCAGUCCUGCAGCCUGAGAGAGGCAAAGCCCUGAAAACCAGAAAGUACCUUUUACUGUUGAUACAAAUUGUAUCUUUUUAACAAUAAAAACUAUUUUGAUUUGUAGAUCUAGUUAAAAACAUGAAUAUGUAACUAUAAUUAGACUUUUGGGCAACAUUUUAUCCCUUAUUUAAAUACAAAAUUUUAAAGGAAAAAUUGAAGUCUAGAAUAGGAUAGAA